AUGGGCGGUCAACAACUACGCCAUUGGAUUAUCAAGCCCAAGUAUGAGAAAAAGUUGACAGAAAAUCAACAACAACGACCUGCAGGUUAUGAGUUCAUCCGCAACUUCGGGCCCCGAUGCAACAAUCGGAAUCAAUUCGUGGAAUGGACGGACGAGCAGAUCCACACUCCAGGUGGUAAGUUGGAAAACUGGGCAGCAUCCAAGGUGAAAGAAGCCCUGGCGAACUACAUGAAAGGCAGACAGAAUGCCAAGACCCUUGAGUUCUGGCCCUUAACGCUCAAAACGUUCAUCCCGUGGAUUCUGAACCGUGAGGAAGACGCGACAGUAUGGGCCCCGUAUUCCUCUGCUCAAUUUGAUCUAGGGGCCGGACGCCACGCGUGCAACAACCCGUACGGCAAAGACAACGACAAGAAACUCUACAACACCAUGAACGCCACCAAGGUCUGGCAUGCUGGUCACGACGAGUUUAUGAAAAUGAUCAAACCUUCUUUUCCUGCGGUCGAUGAGGACGAGGACAUGGAUGCCAUUCUUGCUAGGACUCAUCUCAUCGUCAUCACAAACUCGGGUGUUUACCAUCGUCUUGCCAGCACGUCCAAGGACCCUGUCAACUUCAUGCCUUGGGAUCCGAAUGAGCCGAAGGACCUCGUGAGUGCCUCCCAGCACCACAUCUUCAAGGAAUACAAGAUGAACCCGCACAUUCACAAGUACCCGCCGUCAUACUACGAGGAUCUCGCGUGGUCACAAGAGUUUUUGCGACGUCUCCUUCAUGGCGAACGUCAAGCAAGAAAAGUGGACCAAACAUUCCGGAAAUUGAAAAGCGCGUCCUCGACUGUCAUCGACAUCUCUUCCCCGUCUCCCAGGAAGACGUCUACGGCAUCCGCUCUUUCAUCCGAGAUGUUGCCUUCGCCAAAGCGUGCCAAAGUUAAAGUUCCAAUGAAUCCAGAUUUUCCCGGAUUGGCCCCCUCAGAUGCAGAUGACGACGACCAUGUCAUUCCGCAAGUUGGUCAUGUACCCGAUGAACUCGAAGACCAACUAGAGCAGCUCAUGGAGGAAGCCGACGGUGAUGACAAGAUGGACAUUGCCGACUGA